AUGUAUGCCGAAUACGCUGUCCCUGAAGAAGAUCUUCACAUUCGUCGGACUUGGCAGCAUGUGCUUUUGCAGAACCUCGUGACAGGAGAGUUGGUGGUUUUGAAAGACACACAGUCCUGCAAGGAGUGUGAUCUCCUGGCAGGGCCUCGUGGGUUUGUAAUCCGGCUUGUGGAUCUGGAUGGAGAGAAGAAUGAGAUGCCAGCCCACGAGCAGUUGAGGUACGAGAAGGUCGCUGAUCAAAUUCGAGACAAAGUGGAGGGGACCACCGAGAGGUGGACAACAGCUGCAGCUGCUGUGAAAGGCUGUGCGAUCAAGUGGCUCGUGGCAUUUUGUGGAGGUCAUCAGAACAAGAACUUUGUUGGUGCAUCCUCAGAGUCCUGGCACUUCAAAGUGGGCCAGUACCUUGCUGCUUUGGAAGGCGAAGAGGAGGACCUGGGUCCGGAGGAACUCAGGAAAAGGGUCCAAAUUCACUUCGUUGUCAGUCGCAAAGUAGCAGUCGCGGCCAAGGCCAAGGCAAGGAGCAGGAAGCGAAAACAGCCCGAGGAGGAGGAGGAGGAGGACGAGGGGGAGGAGCAGCAGGUUGAUGAGUCAGCCGAAGCUGACCCCGGACCUGCAGGCGAGUACUCGGCUUCCUUUUUCACAAUUGGUGUCCUGCUGCUGCACUGGAGUACGAGGAAGCUCCACGAACGGAGUCGCUGGAAGGGGAGCAAGGUCGAAGCCAAAGAGGCCAGGCUCAACAUCACUGUCCAGAGCGACUCCGUGCAGCUGGACUGGCCAUCGUUUUGCAGAAGCGAUCCCACCGAAAGCCUCGAGUGCCUGGCUGAAAUGAUGCCUACAGGCGAAAGAGACUUCUGCGAAUGCCUGCAGCAGUGCUGCAAGCAGGAGGUGAAUCCCAACUUCACUUUGAAGAAAAGGAGAGCUUGCCAAAGGGCAGUGGCCUUGCUACUGCAAUGCUUGUGCCACCUCAUCGAAGCCAGCAGGAUGGAUGACAUCUGGAAAGAAACCGAGCUGUGGCAAAUACAGCCACUGAGGACGGGCAUGCAGGGCCUGUUUGUGAUGUGA